CCGGUAUCUCAAUAAUACUUAUUUAAGACUUUUACUACAAGUUCACAGCCAUAAUAUUAUCGUUCUUUUAGAUUUAACUGUAGUUAAGUAUAAAAAAUUAGUAUGUAUAAAUAUGCUCUUUAAUUGUUCAUAUUAAUAAAUAUUCGUGAAAUAAAACAGGCAAACAAAGGGUUAAUAUCCAAAAUAUACAGGCCAGUAAGACAAAGGCAAGCAAAUCAACACGAAAGUCAAUUGAGCAAGCAAUUCACAGAAUACUAGGAGACAAUAAAUAGAAGUUGGUUAACCUCAGUAGUAGUUGAGCUGCAAACCAAAAACAUUAUGAUUCUCCAGCCCCCAAUCCAAUUGGCAAAUAAUUCUAAAACAACGUAGGUGCACGCCUGUCCCUGGGAGGGCCACGCUUUGCACUUUGAGAUCUAAAUUUUUAGUUUCUCAGAUGCCAGCUUACUGGGUUUGAAAGAACAUUUGGCAAGCACGUAUACAUAUCCGAUAAUAAUUGCAGACAGUCUUUAUUACACUCUCAAAACAAUGCGACAAGAUAAUGGGAAUUGAAAUGGAACUGUCUCUGAAUUCAUUUGACCCCCCCCAACGGCUUUACUUACCAAAAAAAAAAAAAAAUGUGCGUUAAACCUAAAAUUGUACACUAGUAGUGGACGAAAGAUCGGCGACAACAAUUUGAGUGAGCCUGGAACUGAGGGGAAAAUGCUUCCCUGCAGGUACUGGGCAAGAGAGGAUGCUCUAGAAGCUUCUAGGCGGGGUGUGCACCUGCCCCAGUGCUGGACAGAGGAUGCAAAAUGGCGCCCACUAGCUCCGUAGGAGUGGCCUUGAGCUGGACUGGCCGAAUAGGAAUGUUUGGAGGCGGGAUGCUUUCCCCAGCACGCCCUCUAAGAGCUUGGGGCAGGGCUUCCUGUAGUUAGCACCCUUCCAUUGGUCAAAAAUGGACUGGGGUUGGGAGAAGCCAAUCGUUGACAGUCUUGCUAAAGCCGUCACCGUAGCAACGCGCGGAGCCGCUUGGGAGAGGCCUCUGGAGCAGAAGGCCGAGUGGCUCAAGGCCCCGCUGUCCAGGUUCUAGGUGCCAGAUGAUGGAGGAGCGUGCUAACCUGAUGCACAUGAUGAAACUCAGUAUCAAGGUCUUGCUCCAGUCGGCUCUGAGCCUGGGCCGCAGCCUGGAUGCGGACCAUGCCCCCUUGCAGCAGUUCUUUAUAGUGAUGGAGCACUGCCUGAAACAUGGUCUGAAAGUUAAGAAGAGUUUUAUUGGCCAAAAUAAAUCUUUCUUUGGUCCUUUGGAGCUGGUGGAGAAACUUUGUCCAGAAGCAUCAGAUAUAGCAACUAGUGUCAGAAAUCUGCCAGAAUUAAAGACAGCUGUGGGAAGAGGCCGAGCUUGGCUGUAUCUUGCACUCAUGCAAAAGAAACUGGCAGAUUAUCUGAAAGUACUUAUAGACAAUAAACAUCUCUUAAGUGAGUUCUAUGAGCCUGAGGCUUUAAUGAUGGAGGAAGAAGGGAUGGUGAUUGUCGGUCUGCUGGUGGGACUCAAUGUUCUCGAUGCCAAUCUCUGCCUAAAAGGAGAAGACUUGGAUUCUCAGGUUGGAGUAAUAGAUUUUUCCCUAUACCUUAAGGAUGUGCAGGAUCUUGAUGGCGGCAAGGAGCAUGAAAGAAUUACUGAUGUCCUAGAUCAAAAAAAUUAUGUGGAAGAACUUAACCGGCACUUGAGCUGCACAGUUGGGGAUCUUCAAACCAAGAUAGAUGGCUUGGAAAAGACUAAUUCAAAGCUUCAAGAGGAGCUUUCAGCUGCAACAGACCGGAUUUGUUCACUUCAAGAAGAACAGCAGCAGUUAAGAGAACAAAAUGAAUUAAUUCGAGAAAGAAGUGAAAAGAGUGUAGAGAUAACAAAACAGGAUACCAAAGUUGAGCUGGAGACUUACAAGCAAACCCGGCAAGGUCUGGAUGAAAUGUAUAGUAAUGUGUGGAAGCAGCUAAAAGAGGAGAAGAAAGUCCGGUUGGAACUGGAAAAAGAACUGGAGUUACAAAUUGGAAUGAAAACUGAAAUGGAAAUUGCAAUGAAGUUACUGGAAAAGGACACCCAUGAGAAGCAGGACACACUAGUUGCGCUCCGCCAGCAGCUGGAAGAAGUCAAAGCGAUUAAUUUACAGAUGUUUCACAAAGCUCAGGGUGGUCCAGAGGAGCUAUCACAGACAGAAUCAAUCAUGCCAGAGUUUGAAAAAUGCCAUCUAAAAAUUAGAAAGAUUUUAUUGCCCAGAACCUACCCAGAAGGGCACCAUUCUGCAUCCUUCUCAAAACUUUUAUUUGGGCCGGGCACUCACGCCUGUAAUCCCAGCACUUUUGGAUGCCGAGGCGGGCAGAUCGAGGAUAUCGAGACCAUCCUGGCCAUGAAUGCAGAGAGCAGUCUGCAGCAAAAGAAUGAAGCCAUCACUUCCUUUGAAGGAAAAACCAACCAAGUGAUGUCCAGCAUGAAACAAAUGGAAGAGAGGUUGCAGCACUCAGAGCAGGCAAGGCAGUGGGCCGAGGAUCGGAGCCACAAGCUGCAGCAGGAGCUCAGUGGGAGGAUCGGCGCCCUGCAGCUGCAGCACUCCCAGCUGCAUGAGCAAUGCUCAAGCCUAGAGAAAGAAUUGAAAUCAGAAAAAGAGCAAAGACAAGCUCUUCAGCGUGAAUUACAGCACGAGAAAGAUACUUCCUCUCUACUCAGAACAGAGCUACAACAAGUGGAAGGAUUGAAAAAGGAGUUGCGGGAGCUUCAGGACGAGAAGACAGAGCUGCAGAAGAUCUGCAAGGAGCAGGAACAAGCCCUCCAGGAAAUGGGCCUGCACCUCAGCCAGUCCAAGCUGAAGAUGGAAGACAUAAAAGAAGUGAACCAGGCACUGAAGGGCCAUGCCUGGCUGAAAGAUGACGAAGCGACACACUGUAGGCAGUGUGAGAAGGAGUUCUCCAUUUCCCGGAGGAAGCACCACUGCCGGAACUGCGGCCACAUUUUCUGCAACACCUGCUCCAGCAACGAGCUGGCCCUGCCCUCCUACCCCAAGCCAGUGCGGGUGUGUGACAGUUGCCACACCCUGCUCCUGCAGCGCUGCUCCUCCACAGGCUCCUGAGCAUCCAUCCUUGGGAGCACAGCCUCAGAUAGUGCCAAACUCUGGGUCUUCAGAGGCUUGGGAAUUGUAUGCAUUCCCAAGAAUCAAAGAAUCAAAUUCUUGCCUGGCUACUCCAGAAGAUAUGCCGGAACCAGCAGCUCUCACCUUUCUGUGAUUUAUAGAGUUAAUUCCUCUGGAUGGAAACUUCCAUUUUACUUGGUCAUAUCAUGGCUCUGGUUCAGAUAUAACUUCAUGACUUUACUACUACCAUUUUUCUUCACUUUUCAAAGAAUUUAACCUAUUUUACAGUUCAGUUCUGCUCAUGAGUAAUCCAUUUUCCUCUCCCACCUCCCUUCUAAAAACCUAAUUUGUGCAUAGCGUUUGACACACAUGGGGUCUUGGAAGUGUGCCUUCUCUGCUUCAGUCAAGAGAUCUGCCAUUUCAUGCCCUUGUGAAUACCUAUCGUUGGCCCUGCAAUAAAAUCAUUUAUUUUUCA